AUGCUGCCAUGUACACAAUUGAAAGGAUGUAGAAAAUCGAAAGAAUUGAUGUUAAGACUACUGACCAUUAUUUGUUUUUUUGUGAAAUUGUACUUUUUUAAGAAAACAUAUCCCCGAAGAAGCAGUCAUUACUACUUUGCUGUGUUCAGGCGAAAUGGGAACCUUCCACUUUUACACCAGAAAUGUGGGAAGCCUUUCACCAAAAAGUAUAAUUUUGGAAGAGGUACCCACAGGUGUAAGAAUGGAAUUGUCCACCAGAGUAACAAGAAGAAGAUCACCCUUUUUGUGACUCGGUUUAACCUAACCCGUGGUACUAAGGAUGGAAAACAGGGGAGAAACAUCACGAGGGAACUCCCACAUCGCACCUGUUUGAAGCUAACGAGCGGGGAGGAUCAAGGUGGUUCACUGGGAGAAGCGGCCCAUGAGGUUAACGUAAAGGAAGGAAGCGACAAUGGGGGAGGAGGCAAUGAGAAGAAGGACGAUCCGCCUGAUGACGAACCCCAAAUCAGUGCCAAGGGAAAAAAGAAAAAGUUAAACUUUAAAUUUACAUCAUGGAACAACACCAACGAAAUGAACAGCUUCGAUCUUGAGAAGUAUAGCAAGCACAACGAAGCAGUGAGUAGUGAAAACUUUUCCCCCGAAUUUCAGUCUGCGUACUACUCCGCCAAGAGUACGUCCGGAAAAACAAGUGCCAAUCACUCGAACAUAAUAAUUAAUCAGGAGUUAGUGAAUGCCUUGUCGGUCGAAGAGAUAUUCGAUGUCCUUAACAAGCACAGUGAAAGUGGCAAAACGGACGCGGGAAAAAAAAAAGUUUUUAAUGAGGUUAAUAUUGUGACGGCUUAUCACCGUAUAGCCAAACAUGUGAAGAAUAAAAAUUACUGCUUGACAGGAGAAGGAAAGGGGAGACAGGGGGGAACAGCAAGCAGUGACUUCGACCCGGUGACCUUUAGUCUCUUCGAGACGUAUUCCACGGUGGGGGGAUGGCAGGGAAGCGGGGAGCAGUCCAAGGGGGAGCGGUCAACAGAGGAGUGGUCAACUGAGGAGCAGGCACGGCGAGAAGAGGACCGCCCCCGCUGCAACAACCACGCAAAUUUGCUGACCAGACGCACGUACAGCAGCAUCUACGCACUGAUGAAGCAAACCCUACUGAGCAACGCGUCUGUAAUCCCAAAGCACGUGGCGAACAUCGCAUGGGCGUCAGCCAUCCUGUCCAACCGAGAAGUAGACAUAUGGCAGAAUAUAAAAAAAAGAUUUUUCGAGAAUUGCAAUAAUUUCAAGGCACAAGAAAUUUCAAUCAUCCUUUGGUCCUUCAGUGCAAUAAAGUUUGAACUGAUCACCACCAAGGAGGAGUUUAUCUCUGUGCACAACUGCUUGUCCAAGUACUUGAAGGAACACAAAUUUAAGGCCCAAGAAUUUAGUAACGUCAUUUGGGCCAUCGCAACAUCUAACUGUUGCAACUACGACUUGUUAAUAAGCCUGUACAAUUAUGCCAUAGAAAUAUUUGAUUCUCUUCUACUAAAGGAUAUAGCUACCAUUUUAUACAGUCUCUCCAUUUUUGCAGCCGAUUCUGCUAAUAAGGAUAUUCUCCAUGUGAUUAGGGAGAACCAUCUGACCAAAUUUGGUAUAGAGGAGGACUACCUCACGAUUAGUAAACUUAACCCUGAUCCAACACAUGGGGCUAAAAACACAUUCGAUAAAAACUUUAGCUAUUUUGAACGAACCAGUGGGGAGCCACAUGCGGAUAUCACCAUUAACAGUUUAGUGAUGGAGAAAAAUACAGCUAGCGAUAAAAAAUACGCUGCCUUUCUCUUGUUUGAAAAUUUUUUGUUAUACUCCCUGGAGAGGAUUGGCAAGGAGAAGGACAAAAUGACUAUGCGGACAUGGUCCAGCAUUUUUUGGCCCUGCGCAAAUGUCGGUUUGGGUCUCUACAGGGACAUGCCCGCGCAGCACAGGUUGCGCUACUACGUGUGUGGUGUUGAGGGAAGUUUACGUGGAGAGGGGAACGACAUGUGUGAGAGCGGGGAGGUAAACUUGGUCUCACGAAUGGAUUCCCCCGAGGAAGCUGCUCCUCCCAGCAAGUGCAAGCCGUAUGUGCACAUCAUCGACGGGGAGUACGUGUUCCCCCUGAUGGAGGAGAAUGCACACCAGGAGGUAUGUACCCAGUUGAAGCAGAAAGAAAUGGGGGGCCUUGGAAUAGACGUCCCCCUAGACAUAUACAACAGGAAGGAGAACAAAGUGGGUCAUUCUCCCCCACAUACGAUUCAUGAGAAGACAUGCGAUGGUAAUAAUGUCGAGGCGACGAACAGCGAUGCAGUGGGGAAAAGUGACACUAAGCAGGUGAAUGAAUUGGAGGAAACACAAAAUGGGCAGCAAUCCAGCAAUGCGAAUGGCAGUCAUCAUAGGGGGGAACCAAACCAGACACAACACGUGGACUGCCUAAUCAGCGAAGUGCAGAAGCCGGUUUGUAACUCCUCCCUUGGAGGUAGCACACAAACCAGUGUAGGGGAGAAAAGCCCAGAAGUGGAAUCACACCAACAGAGAAGCAACUCGAUGGGGGAACAAAUAGACGAGGACAAAUAUUCCAACUUUAUGAAUCACAUAAAUGACAAAAAAGAAGACGAGGAUUUAUAUAACGACACAAACAGGAGCAUGGUGAUGGUGAAGUUGCUAAGCCUCUUCGAAUCCCAAUUGAAAGAAAAAAGCAUAAAGUGGACCAAGUGUGAAGUUCAGUCCAUCGCUAACAUCCUGUGGAGUCUUUCCAUUUUGAAUCUCUUCCCCAGCAGCAUUUUUGAAAAUGCCCUACACGAAUGUAAUAAGAGAUUUAUAAAAUAUGGGAAAAAAAAAAAUUCAAGCAAAUUGCAAUUUUUUAUCUCGCAAAUCCAUCAGUCGCAGUUGUAUCAGGCCUCUUUUGCGUACUGCUUAUUUAUAAUGAGGAAAAAUUCAAAGGGGGGUAAGCAAAUGGACAAAAGAUAUGAACAAACUGCGGCUCCAAAUGAUCAUAUGGAUAAUACUUGGUCGUUGAAGAGAAAGAUACAAGCUACAUUUGACAAACAUUUCAAAGUCUCCACGAACACUUUAAAUAUAUGGAAAAAACAGCUAGCUAGAAAUCAACGAAGAGAAGAGAAAAACCAAGUUUCUUCAUCUGUACAUAAGAAAAUUUCGAACGAUUUGAGGCACCUUAGUAUUUUUCAUCAGAACGAAUAUUUCAUUUUGGACUCCCUUCUCGUGGAUGUUUACGUGCCCAGCGCGAGGGUCGCCAUAGAAAUAGAUGGACCUAGCCAUUUCCUCCAAAAGGGGAGACUCAUUCUGUACAAUCCCAAUUCGCUGUUCAAGAAGAGACUGCUCAGGGCGCUUGGCUUUUCCGUCAUUUCCAUUUCAAUUAGCGAGCACACCUUCAUGUUCAGCGCCUUGAAUACGUUAAAUUUUGUGAAGAAGUUCCUGAGCAAUGUGAACUUUGGCAGAGACCGUUAG